GUUACUUACUGAGCAGUGAGCACCUACUACCAAGUACCAACUGCUACCACAUCUAGCUAUCGUAAGCAAAAAGUGAGUGAGGGAACCAAAAUGGCGGAGGCCAUCGUCGGCCCGCUGCUGAGCAAGCUCCAGGAGCUGGCCCUGAGCGAGGGGAGGGCGCUGGUUGCCGUCAGCGGCGAAAUCGGGAACCUCCGCGACAAGCUCAUGUGGCUGCUGGCCUUUCUUCAGGAGGCCGACCCCCGGCGCCGCACCCGCGCCAGCGAGCUCAUGCGCGUGCUUGUGCGCCAGACCCGCGACGCCGCGUUCAGCGCCGAGGACGCCGUCGACGAGUACGUCUUCCGCGUCGACCUGUCUCGGUACCCCAGUUGGUCCCGCGCCAUCCUCGGCUUCCUCGCUGGCUCCACCACACAGCUCCUCGUCCGGCACAGGCUCUCCGGUGAGAUCGCGGCCAUAAACGGCCGGCUCGAGGAGAUCAUCAAGAACAAGGAGAAGUACAGGCUGGAGGACUCCGCCGCCGUAUCAUCGGUGCGAACGUGGACCGCCUCUGCUGCCUCCUCAAGUGUCUCACUCACCUGGUCAGCCUUCCCCUGCACUGUCACUUGCCAAGUUUAUCUUUAUCAUCGAUCUGCAUAUGUGCUGAAGUAUAAAAGUACACCGAUCUGCCAUCUUUUUAGUUUAAAUUUACUGAAUGGACUGGAGCACAAGAGGCCAAUGAGGUCGACUAAGCUUUGCAGUUUUGUAGCAGGGUUAAUAUUACCGAGAGCCGUCUAUCCGAUAUUGAGAUCUGUAAACAAUUCCAUAUUUUUUUUUCUGAGCUCUGUUAGGGUCGCUAAUAGCAUGCUAUAGUGUGUAGAUAAUUGUCUCGCUAAAUAAAUCAGUGUAUAAUCUUUCGCUAAUAACAUGUUAUAGCGCGCUAUAGCACGCUAAUAGCAUAUUUUAUGAGCCGGCGCUAUUUUGUAUAGCACGCUAUUUUUUCAUUGAAGCAAACACUAUAGUUUUUUUUAACUUGGUGAACGAAUUAUUAAAGAGUCAGUUACACCACUGUUGCUAGUCCUUGGCAUGAAUGAUCACUUUAGUGCUAUAAGUUGUGGUGUACAUUAAAAUGGUGCAAGAACUUCGCUUUGUGAUGCAAAUACAGUAGGAAACUCGUUUUUAUACAUUCUUGGUGCUGACAAGGCAUGACAGCAUUGGCAUGGGGCCGUUAUCAGUGACCAAACGAUGGGAACAGGGUGUCUGGCCUGCUCUUUCACAACAAAAAGAAACUUUAUUUUUUAUUUUUUCGCACAAAAAUAACAUUGGGAGGCCCGCAUUAAGAGUAAAAAUAGUGCCUACAGGGAGGCCCACAAGUUUUGCCUAACAACAUAAAUUAAAACUCUGAACUCAAAUUUAAAAAAAAAGCAGUCAAACCAACGACCUCCUAUCCCGAUAGUGCAAACCAAUACCCGACGAUGAUUGUUUCUUAUACAUAGGCUAAUGGUUCUUUUAUGCUAAGGCCACAUUUCUAUUCUUUAGAAAAUAUAAUAUUUUACUUAUAAAUGUGCACAUGAUUUUUCGUGAAGCAUAAAUAUUUGUUUCCCUAAAAGUACAU